AUGGCCAUAGGUGAUCAGCGUAUGCUACGACAACUGACGGAACAGGACUACCUUGUUGGUCAUGUGACAUCGGUAAUGGAGCCAGGCAAGGACGGGACAGUGAAGGAGAAAGCAUUCAUCGCAGGCGGUACCAGCCAGACGGAUGGUCUACAGCAGAUUCAGCUCUGUGAGAACGACGAAAAGAGACUCCGAAUUGAGGCUAUCAAGAAUGAGAUCAGAUCGGAGACGAUUUCAUGGACAAAUCCAGAGCGCCCGUCGGAGCCAUUUCAAUACCACGGCAGCAUCACGAUAACGGAUGUGACUGUUAAUGGACAAACCUGUCAGUUCAUAGAACUUUAG